AUGGAACUCAUUUGCAAUCAACUGCUCUUGCAAGAUCAUUUUUACAAGUACAGUUAUCAAGUUGAGCUGGACAGAGGUAUUUUCCAGAAGAAGCCUUACUGGAAAGAAUUCAGGUUCGACUUAACUCAGAUCCCAGCGGGGGAGACUGUCAUGGCGGCCGAAUUCCGAAUUUACAAGAUGAAAAGUUACACCUGCCAUGUUAAUCAGACCCUUCACAUCAGCAUUUACGAGGUCAUCCAGGAGCACCCAAGCAGGGAAUCUGAGCUUAUGUUCUUAGUUCUUCAGGAAUGUCUGGCUGGCAUGGAUGGAUGGCUGACCUUCGAUGUCACAGCUGCUAGUAACCACUGGUUGUUGAACCGUAAAUACAAUUUGGGGCUGAGACUUUAUGUGGAGACAGAGGAUGGUAAGGCUAAUGUGUUGUUUUGUCCAUUCCUGUUUGAAGGGAGGAGAUACUCACAGACAAUUAAGGUGGAAGCCAAAUUUAAAGAACUCAAAGAAGGGCUCAAAGAAGAGAUAUCCGUGGCGCAUAAGGAGUUGUCUGAUAAACUGGAGACCCGGGUUUCCAAAAUCAGAGAUGAUAUGUUGGGGAUUGUAAAUGUAUUGACAGAACAUGUUUCCGGAAUUGAAGAUAGACUAUGA